AUGCUUAAAAAAGUGUAUCGUGAGCUGAUGAUCCUGGGACUAAUCAGCUUCAUCAUCAAAAUACUGACCGAAGUGGGAGGUAUCGACGGCUACAGCGGCAUCAUGUUGGCGCUCCAAGUGUCUGACCUCAUCAUCUUCAUCCUGGCGAUCACUCUCGUCCUGCAAGCUAUCAACGUGUUGCUACUUUUGCGUGGCUACAACAAGCGAACGGAUCGAGCUGAGCUCAUCACAACCCAAGACUUAGUCGACGGUUUAGAUAAACCAUCAAAGGAGAAUUUGUUCAAGAAGGACGUCGUGAAGCACCGACUACUGCGGCAUCUCUUCCUUCGUCGAUUCGGUCUCCCCCAGCUCUUCCCCUUUUCCAAGUAUCUUCGACGUGCACAGGCGAACAACAUUGUGCACAUGAUAGAAGUCGAGCCAUCAAUGUGGCUGUUACUGCUCGGAAUGGCAUGGGCGUUCUCCGCCGUCGUCCAAAUCCUCGAAGACUAUGACGUGGAGGUGCGCUACGAACUCAUUGAAACGCUCAUGGCGUUUGCUUGGGUUUUGGUGCUGUUUCACAUCCUAGUGAUGCUCUACUUCCGUUUCUGCGUGCAUCGGUUGUUGGCCAUUGCCGGGUACAAUAAGGACAAACGUGCCCUGGCGGACAGUCUCAAUACCGUCGCUGACGAAGAGGCCAAUGCGUGGCACAAUGAAGCUGCAGAGAGCGCGUUAGACAUGAUGAACCGAAUCCAGGCUCAACAUGAAGAAAUGGAGCACGAACGCAAGGCGCAACGACGAGGUUUACUCAUGGGAGACGAAGGAUUUCAGCUCGUUGCUACGUUCUUUCGGAACGUCUUUCGCGUCAUGUGCUGCAAAAAGCGCUCCGCACCUCGACAAGAUGGCGUGGUCUCUGGAACGCCGGAGAUUCGUCUGCCCUUUUAUUCGAGGAAAGCGUGGCAUGUCGUGGUCAUGUUCCUGACGAUCUUGAAUGGGUUCUUCGUUGCUCUACUAGUCAUGGGCGCAGUGUACAGUUUUGACGAGAUCUACGACCAGGUUGGCAUCGUACCGGUGGUCUUGAUCCCGGUUCCAUUUAUCCUCAACGGGCUGUUCUUCAUCAAGACGAUUUUCCGAGACUUUGUGCUGAUCUCUAGUAUCCUUCGCAUUGAUGCCAGCACUCUAGGAGAAGUCGUGGGUCACUUCAGUGAGAUCGUGGAGCUGCGAUCCGAGUUCGCGACUUCGCUGCUUCAAAGUUUGAAGGGAAGUGGACACUCGAUCGCAGACUUGGACAAGUCACUACAGUCGCACGAUCUACAUAGGACCGGGUUUAUCGAUGUUGACAAGCUACGCACAGUACUGGCCUCGGUCGGGUUCCAGUUGACGAGGUUCAGGCUUAAUAGUGUCGUAAAGCUGCUGUUUGAGCUGCGAGGAACUAGCGUCGAGUAUGCUCAAUUGGUGCAGCUUGUGACGCUGAUCCAGCAAGAGCAUUGUAUUGAAGAUGGUUUCCAUCCUAGUCUUCAGCGGACGAUGACCUCUUUUGACGAUUUGGAGCGACAAGAUGGCACACGAUCGAACCGCCGCCAUUUGCCGCUUCUUGCCCAGUCCAGCCUAGCGCCAGAACCUGGUCCAAGUGAUUUUGUCUACGUGAACGUAAGCACUCCACUAGGACGAGCACCGGGAGUGCCACCAUUUGCAGAUGAUAGUGUCGGACGGCAGCCAACCCUACAGCGAAGCUUAUCCAGGCAGUUUAGCGGAUCAAGUUCACGAGUGCUCCACGACGUCUACAACUUGCAAUUUUCACUCCCACCCGCAGACUCGACGUCCGACAGCGCCUUCUCCGGACGGUGAAACAUCUACUCGUAGUAACGCCCUAUUCAAUCGCAUGUAGAACACAUUCUUCUGUAUCGAGGUUAUGGAA